AUGCUUGUGGUGCUCACUGGACGGCCUUCACUUUCUGAGGAUGCUAGGGAGACCAAGCACAUCGUGGUGUGGGUAUCCGAGUGCCUGUCGUCGGGUAAUGCAGAGAGCCUCAAGCACCCCACCAUGGACGCCGCUCCCGGGGAUGUUGUGCAGCACUUGGCUGAGCUGGCAGUGAACUGCACUGUGGAGCGCACUGCAAGCCACCCAAACAUGGCGCUCAUUGCCAAGGAGCUGCAGGCUGUCAGGGAUGAGGUGGUGGGGAAAGAGGAAUCUGGCGCUGCCAUCAAGGUGGAUGCAUAG